UUGCAAACCAUAUACAACCAAUAUCCUGAUGAAGGUGCCGUGGGAAUCGGAGGAUUAUUCACUCCCACUCUAUAUGUAAGAGAUCCUAAGAAUGUGCAAGCCGUACUGUCAACAGAUUUUAACUCUUUCUACCAUCGCGGUUUUGAAGUAAAUGAGAAUGAUAAACUAGCUAACAACAUUUUGUUUCUAAGUGGAAAUAAAUGGAAACUUAUACGACAGAGCAUGACACCUCUGUUCACUUCAUUGAAACUGAAAAAUAUGUUUUACAUUAUGGAUAAAAGUGCCCAAGACUUCGUUCAAUACAUAAAAGAAAAUCCUGAAAUCAGGAAAGGCAACAACACUUUUCAAACAAUGUCGACUUUUUGCAGUGCAGCCAUCGGCGCUUCAGUUUUCGGUCUCACUACAGAAUCGAUAUUUGAUUCACCUUUUUUAAAAAUGGCCCUAAAAAUUUUCAAACCAACAUUUCAAACAAAUAUACGAUUCGCUAUAUCCAAUAUGUCCCAAACAUUAUCUAAUUUACUAAAUAUACAAUUUUUUAAAGAAUAUGAAGAUUUCUUUAUUGGUGCCAUCAAACGAGUGGUAUGUCAACGUAAAGAAGAAAAUGUGAAAAAGCAUGAUUUCGCUGAUAUUUGUGUGGCCUUACAAAAAAAAAACGGAACGCUUAAGGAUCCCGAAACAGGAUUGGAAUUAGAACCUACGUAUGAAUUACUUGCAGCCCAAGCAUUUUUCUUUUUCAUUGCUGGGGUGGAACCCGUUGCUGCAGUAAUGUUUAGCACAUUAAUAGAAAUUGGUAAAAAUCCAGAAAUACAAAAAAAGGUCCACGAAGAAAUUGAUGACAUGUUUGAUAAAAAUAACGGAAAAUUAAAUUUUUGA